AUGGAUCCUGAAGACUUUAAACAAAUGGCCAAAGAAGCAAUAGACUACAUAGUUGAUUAUAUAGAAUCAGUGGGAAACAGGGCUGUUCUUCCUAAUGUUGAGCCAGGAUAUCUUCAUCACAUAAUACCUAAAGAAGCACCAGAACAUCCAGAUGAUUGGAGACAAAUUAUUCCUGACAUUGAAGAAAAGAUAAUGCCUGGAAUCACACAUUGGAACUCACCCAUGUUCAACGCAUAUUUUCCAGGCGGAUACUCAUACCCAAGCGUAAUUGGUGAUCUGCUUAGUUCAGGGAUUGGAUGCAUUGGAUUUAACUGGCUUCUUAGUCCAGCAUGUACUGAACUUGAAGUGAUUGUUCUCGAUUGGCUAGCGAAAAUGAUGGACCUUCCGGAUUUCUAUUUGGCAAGUUCUGAUGGACCUGGUGGUGGAAUCAUUCAGACCUCGGGAAGUGAAGGAAUUCUCGUUGCACUACUUAUUGCAAAGCAUAAACUAACUCGUCAGAUAUUAGAAAAUGAUCCUUCCUUGGAUGAAAAUACCAUAAAGGGAAAACUUAUUGCAUAUUCUUGUGAUCAAUCCAAUUCCUGUGUCGAAAAAGCGGGCCUUUUAGGUUCAAUGAAAACGAGAUUACUUCAGGCAGACAAUGCUGGCCGACUGGUUGCAUCCACCUUACUCGACGCUAUAACACAAGACAAAGAGAAUGGACUUAUACCUUGUUUCGUAGUUGCUACGCUUGGAACUACUGGAACAUGCGCCUUUGAUGAUUUGUCAGAAAUUGGACCCAUCUGCCGCAGAGAAGGGAUAUGGCUACAUGUAGAUGCGGCUUACGCAGGUGCUGCCUUUAUAUGCCCGGAAUAUCGCUAUCUAAUGAAAGGAAUUGAGUUGUCAGACAGUGUUAAUAUGAAUCCUCACAAAUGGCUUUUGGUUAAUUUUGACUGUUCCGCAUUUUGGAUAAAAGACAGACGUUACAUACAAGAGGCCUUCUCUGUAGACCGAAUAUAUCUCAGAGAUAGAGGUGAAUGUAUUGAAAAAUGGGCUCCAGACUUCAGGAACUGGGAGAUUUCUUUGGGAAGGCGAUUCAGAGCGCUAAAAUUAUGGUUCACCCUCAGGCUGUAUGGUGUGAGUGGUCUACAAGAUUAUAUUAGGAACCACAUUUCACUAGCUAAAUAUUUUGAAACUCUCGUCAGAAAAGACACAAGAUUUGAGAUAGUUUCUCCAGCAUCCAUGGGCUUAGUAUGCUUCAGAAUGAAAGGUCCCAAUAUGCUGACAUCGGACCUUCUGAAAAUAAUUCUAGAGAGCAGAAAAAUAUUUGUGAACCAAGGUAAAUUUGGUGAAAAAAAUUUCAUACGAUAUGUAAUAUGCAGCAGAAUAAUGUGCAAGGAUGAUGUUGACCGAGGUUGGGAAAUCAUAUCAUCCCACGCAGACAUUAUACGGCCAAAACAAUCCCUUGACUGUUCACCAUUAUUAAUAGAAUCAAGUACUAAAUUUAACCAAUGGAAUCAAAAGAGAGAGGAAAAAAUAAUCCCACGAUGAUUGUUUAAUAUCUAACAUUAUGUAAAGCUUAGUAAAAUAAUUAUGGAAGCAAUAUUUGGAUUUCAUUAAUAGCAUCAAUAGAAGUCAUUAACAAAAUCAGCAAGGAAUGCUAAAUCUCACUAUGAUUUUAAGUUGGUUUAAUAUCUGAACAGCAGUUUUUGUAAAAUAAAAAAAAUAAUAAACAGAGCACAAAUUAAUACACUUAAGUUUUUACUUGAAAUUUUUACACCAACACUACUAAGUAUUUCUUUUUAUACACAC